CUGCGUUCGAACUUCUUUGGGCCGAAAUCAUUUCGACGGUACGAAGAGCGUUCUUCAGUAUCUUCCCUCCUGCGUUCGAACUUCUUUGGGCCAUAAUCAUCUCGACGGUAUGAAGAGCGUUCUUCAGUAUCUUCCCUCCUGCGUUCGAACUUCUUUGGGUUAGAAUCUCUUCGGCGGUGCGGAGCGCGUGCUUCAUCAUCGAAGUUUCUCUGAUGUUGAAAAGGUUUUCUCGCGCUCUGACUCUGGCUCUGGUCCUGGCUCUGACCCUGGCUUUUGCGAAUGCCGCGAUCGAUGGCGGAUCUCAGGGAGGCAUGUCUCGCGAGAGCCGGCUGAAACCGUGGAAGGACAGGCAGCCGAGAACACAGCCGCAAGCCAUUCAAUUGGGAGUGGAGGAACAUUUCAAUGAUAGCUUGUAACUAGCAAUUCAUGUUUGACCGGUUUUAGUAUAGG